AUGGAUACACCAAACUCUGCCAAUACAACCUCAACCUCGACUCCAACCUCGACCUCGACCUCGACCUCAACUUCGACUUCCACAUUGGCACCACCAACUACAUCAACAUCCACCACAUCCACAACAUCCACAAAGAAUACAUUGAACAAUGAUGGCGCCGACAAGCCAUCUCGCGAUCAAUAUACUUCACUGGACGACCUGUCAUACAUAGCCAAGAGACAGGGUGGCGGAAGUGUGGGCGAUGUGGUCGAGCGCGAGAAGGCCGACCCACUCACACGUGACAGCGUGUCCUCCGACUCGGAUGCGCCAGAGGAACUGGGCGUGUCCAGUGUCAGGAGCGAGAUCAACUGCGAGCAGGUCAUAUUCAAGCAUAGCUCGUCUUCGCGAGUCACAAUGUUCGAUUCGCCAAGCAGUGGCGGCGAGACACAGAUGCCCUCGCCUUUCUCUGUUACUGGCGCAUCCACAUCCAAUGGUCACAUGGGCGUUGGCGGCUUCCAAAUGACGCCGCUAACAGUCACACCAACCAUGAAGACCAGCAUCGAACUUGAGAGCAGUCCGAGCGGUAGCUUCACCGACUCGCCAACGCCCAAGUCCAGACUAAGUCAAAGCCAAAGAAUUAGAAUGAGACGAUCUGACAGACGACUGUCACAUCGCAAGGCUAGAACACAUGAGCAUAAGAAGAACUUGCUUGGAGAGAUUAUAUAUAAGGGCCACCCUUCAUGGGCAUUGAUGCUAAACAUACAGACUGGCAUUAGGAAUGCUGUUGGAAAGAGUAUGAGUACGAGCGGCUCCAACUCGAAUAUGCCACAUCAGUUCCACACUCUACGCACUCCCAAGGACUUCAAGAACAAGACAGAAUUCUUCCACUCACCAAAGGAGCUCCGCUUUGACUCGGCAGGCUCUCAGCUGACAGAGGCGCAUUCGACAGGACCCUUCAAGUUUAAGGACUACUGCUCUACAGCUUUCCGUUUCCUGCGCUAUCAGUUUGGAAUCGAUCAGGCCGACUUCUUGGUGUCCCUGUGCAACACUUUGAAGAACGGAGAGAACGCGCUGCGCGAGUUGCCAACGCCAGGCAAGAGUGGAUCAUUGUUCUUCUUCUCACAUGACAUGAAGUUCAUCAUUAAGACUAUACCAAAGGACGAGGCCAAACUGCUGAGGCAACUGCUGCCAUCGUACACCGAUCACUUAAUCACCAAUCCAAACACAUUGCUGCCGCGCUUCUUUGGCCUGUUCAGGGUCAAGCCGCACGGCGGCCGCCAGGUGCGCUUCGUGGUGAUGGGCAACAACUUCCCCACACGCAAGAAGAUCCACGAGCGCUACGAUCUCAAGGGCUCCAUUGUGGGCCGCGAGGCAUCGGACAAUGACAAGAAGUCCGACACAGUGACGUUGAAGGACAUUGACUUUAGGAACCGCAAGAAGAAGAUCUGUAUCGGAGCACAGAGGAGAACGGCCUUUCUCGAUCAGAUCAAGAAGGAUUGCCAACUACUAGAGUCACUCAACAUCAUGGACUACUCCCUACUCAUUGGCAUCCACUAUGCCAAUCGCGACCCACCCUCGCCCUCCAUCCUACGCAGUACCCUCGGCGACAGCUUCGAAGACAAUCCACCAUUAGACCUUAAGGACCUCAAUAUAUCAUUGGGUGAUCUGACAGAACAUUAUACAAGUGCAUUCCAACAGGAUGAGGGAGGCAUUAAGGGAGUUGGAGAGGAUGGUCAUCAUAACGAGGAGCAUUACUUCAUGGGCAUUAUAGAUAUAUUAAUGUUGUAUAGUUUGAGAAAGAAGAUUGAGCACUCUUACAAGACGAUCAAGUAUGGAGCGAACGAGGAGAUAUCGUCCGUUUCACCAUCCGACUAUUCACAGCGCUUCCAAGAAUUCCUUUCUUCUACAAUUGUCUAA